AUGCAAACAAGAUUAAAAUAAAUAGAGGAACUUGAAACUUAGGUGCUUCUUAGUGAUAAUUAAGAAGAAAUGAAAAUAUAAUUAUAACAAGCUUAUGAUAAUUUUGAAAUAUAUUUGGAUAAUAUAACAGAUAUGUCAAAAAGAUUAGAUAUUAGUUGA